AUGUCCAAAUCCACAACCACAACCGGCAGCACCAACAGCUCCCUCACCCACUCACAAUGGACCCACCUCCGCCAAGAGGCUCAGCUUCGGAGGCAGACCCUCGCCACCUUCGGACCUCAGGGCGUCCUCGACCUGGCCCUCGUCGGCGCAAUCCUCGGCAACAACAUCCGUGAAAUCGGUCGUUACAGUGUCACCUGUGACGGCAGCCUCGUCCGCGGUCGGUAUACCAUCUACGAGCUCGUCCACUUUGGCGCACUCGCUGUCACCGGUCGUCGCCGUCGGCGCCAUCAUGGAUCUCCCACUGACUCCUCUUCAUCAUCAACAUCGGAUUCAUCAACGACAAAGACGACGGCGAAGCAAGUGAAACGCAUCUACCCCACAACACUGUCUAAUCUCUUCCCAGCCAUGGUCUUUAAGGCUAUGAGAGGGAAAUCAGUCCGGCCACCAAAGUUCCAGCACGACGAUGAGGAUGACUGCUACUCUUCUAUGCCCUCGACCCCUACUAUGUUCCCCAUGUCGCCCACUUUCAUGGCCACUGCUGCAAAACCAACCAUCCCUUUGAAUAAGGACUACCGCUCGCACAGUCACAGCCCCACACCUUCGAUUGCCUCAUCUCUCUCUGCGACUACAACGACAUCUUCAGGUACACUGACAGCGGAUGCAAUGCUGAUCACCUCAGAGGCUGUCCUCUCUCAGCUUAUCCAACACCGCCUUCAUCGCGUCAAGGACCUGCCCCUCCCUCGCGAGCUCUGCUUCAUGGGCGCCGCCAGUCUCCCUCUCCCUCCUGUCCUCCGCGCCAUGCACAUCGCCUGGACCAUGGAUUUCCUUAAAACCUGUGCGACCACCCCACGUCGUCAACGCCAGCAACAGCAGCGACAACAGCAACAACAACAAACGGAAGACAACGACGCUACUCCCUCUCCUCUGCGUUCAACUCCACAACAGCAACAGCAGGUAUUAGGUGGAUUGGAGUUCAGGCCUGAUGUUUAUGCACACAAGAUGCGUCUUGCUCGGCUGGUCCGAGUACAACAACAAGAAAAAAUGGCUGCCUCUUCUCCUUCCAUUUCUCCACCUGCGUCCAACACGACGACAGCAACAACCCCCGGUAGCGGGUACAGUCAUCACCGUCUCUCUGCCUCCAUGCGCCGUGGCCCUUCUUCAGUCUCGAUCCCAGAGGAGAACGAGGAUGAAGACGAAAAGCCCGCGGUACCGCCUACCCCUGCCAUCCCCCUCCUCCUGAAAGAACCCGCCAUUCCCGUUCCCGCUCCCACUCCCUCACCUGAGCGAACUCCUGCGACCACGGCCGCGAAAAAGUCUGUCCGCCAAGACAAGCGACUGAUGCAACAACUCCUCGCCCUCGAAAACAAAGUCCCCCGCAUCGUCCGUCAAUGGGCAAACGUCGCCCGGACCUACUUUGACAACGAACUGAUUCAAGAAGACCGCGAGGUCCAAACCUGGGUCGACCGCCAACGGAUUCAAGUCAUCCUCGGAUGUGGUUACCGCUUUGGCGGCUCGCCUUCAAACGCCAUCACGGCCACCACUCCCUCUAUCGCCUCUACCGUCAACGCUGCCAACGCUGCUGCUGCAGCUACCUCCACGAAGGGUAACGGCAUCACUGGCACGACUUCAAGACCUAGAUUGGCCCCCAUCGCAACCGCUCUGGCCAACGCCAACGUGAACGCAAACCCUCACGCCAUCCAUCUCAGUGCUACCCGCCACCAACGCAUUCCCUCCAUGUCCUCAUCCACAUCCCCAGCUCCCUCCCGCAGCUGCUUCCCAGAAGGUGUCCGUCUCAUCAACACAGCGCACCAACAGUCCCGUCCACAAUCAACAAUCCGCUCUCGCCCUACAAGCGCGACCACGAACGAGCGUCUGAGUGCUAGCCAGCAGAUGCUAAGCAUGCAUCUCUGGCUCAGUCUUUUGGUCUCUCCACUUAGUCCUGAGCAUAUGAUCCACGACCAGUUCAGUUUCUUGGACUCUUAA